AUGAACGCUCUUCAGCGACGAGGUGCGACCUCUCCACUAAGCCGAGGAACCAUUAUCAACAUCAUCUCCUGGGCACUGCUCGCACUCGUUAUCUCCACAUUAAUCGCUCGCUUCGCAGUGAAGCUCGCAAGGAGGACGAACCGAAGGCUACUAGCACAGGACGAUAUUUUCCUGAUAAUGGCAGCUGUCUUCAGCUUCGGUCAGGCAGUAGCCGUGUCGAUACAAUGGAAAGACGCAACUGGCCAGCAAGUUUCGGACAAGUCUUCGAAUGACGAGACUGUUUUCCAAAAAUCGGCCUACGUGUCAAGCAUCCUCUUUAUCGCCAACUUGGGCUGCGCCAAGAUAUCCAUCAGUCUUGUUAUGCAGAAGCUGUUCACUGGGCGUCUUUUCGAGUACACAUCAUACACGCUUGCACUGUUCACUACUGGGUGGACACUCAGCGGAAUCAUCGUUACCGCCUUCCAGUGUCGUUUGCCGAAGCCUUGGGAUGUUUUGAAGACCAAUGAAUGCAUCGACAUAGCAGCCUUUGGCAACUAUCUCGCUUCGACAAACAUCGCCACUGAAGUUCUGCUGGUAUUGGUGCCGCUUGCGGUCUGGACACAAGGCAGUCCGGUUGGCAACCGCUUAUAUGUAUCGACUGUUUUCUGGUCACGGUUGAGUAUCAUUGCAGCAGUUAGCGCACAGCUGUACUUCUUCAACGCUUCUGUAACCUCGUCUUCGAUAAUCGACAGCUGGACUACUACCCUCUGCAUGCAGAUUGCCCAAACGCUAUCUGUCGUCAGCGCAUGUCUACCAGGUUUGCACCCUCUUGUUUCCAAAGACAUGAGCGACACUGCCUCGACGCACUCCGCACAGAACGAGAACGGAUCUCGAUGCAACGGGAAGAAGUUCGGAUCGCUAGCUUCACAUACUUCACAGCCCAGCGUCGACUCGCAAACCCCAUUCGAGCCUGUCGUAUCGCCAUACUGCCGUCCACUCGCAACCCACGGCCUUGUGCAAUCAUCCCUCAGCUGCGACUCCUACAACUUCCCUCGUAUCCCUUCGAAUGUUGCACUACCGCUCUCAACACCAGAGCCGCCCAAGAACAUUUUCAACCGCUUGAUCAGAAGUUCGUCAUCGCUAGACCUAGAUCCUCUAGGCACACCCAGGCAUGUCAACGAUCUUGGCUGUCUACCAGCUCCUGACUGGGACGACGAUGAAGGUGUAGAGUCGGGAAGAGCGAGUCUUGAGCGACGGCCGACUUCAGAGUAUGUGUUCAACAGGUCAAAGGUCAUUUCUAUGCCAGAGGAGAGGAACAUGUUUGAUAUCGGGAGGGAGUGGAACGGAUUUAUGCCGCCGCUGCCGACACCUCAGAUGCUGAAGAACCCACCGAGAGCAUUUUGA